AUGCAAUCAGCGUUGGGACCGAUGGCUGCGCAUGAUGCUGACAGACGGCUUAGCAAUGGACCUUCGAGGCCGGCUAAGCUACAUCAAUUUCGACAAAUGUUGAUGAUUGGUACAUUGUUCUCAAACACAGUGUGUUCCUACGAUGUGGCAUCGCGACUCCCAGAUUCUGAUCUCGCUAUCAUCAAGAAGAAUGGAAUUGAGCUUCUUCGCGGUAAUGUCACAAAACCAGUGUGCGCUGUGCUGCGUCUUGCGACGGCCGUUUUCCAACAAUUUUUGAGUUUCUACAGGAACUAUCAGACAUUUGAUGGAUUAAUGAAUUCGCUGCAAAAUGCGGCAAGCAACUGCUUUACUUGGCAAUCGUCCAUUCUCUUGAUGAAUUUUGGCGUAAAUUUUGUGGGACUACGACUGUUUUUUGUCGCUUAUGCAACUCUGAUACGAAAGCUAUCGAACAAAGAGUGA